GAGGGUCUCAAAAGAGAGAAAUGGAGUUUAAGGAGAUUAGAUCCGUGAUUGAGAGAUCUAUGCGUUAUAAUGAACUGUUUCAACAACCUCUGCAUCAAGAAAAGCUGAGAGUUGUUAAGAGUUCUAUCCAAAACUCCGAUUCUGGUUUCAGAGUGGUUCCAACGAAGGAACUCUGUCGAGUUUAUCUCCAGAAACCUAAUUUGCUGGCUUCUAAAGGUGUAAUUGAUGCACAAGCCAAGCCUCCUCACAGGAGAUUUGGUAGGAGGUAUGAUCAGCAAAACUUGAAGUCGACGAAGCUGAGACAUCAUCAUCAUCAUACAAGUGUUAAUGAUCCUCUGAAACCCAAAAUGGAGGAGAAGAAAGAGAAUUCUCAGGGAUAUUUUACUCCUCUUGGUUUCAGUAGUGCUUCUCAUUUGGGAUAUAGGAAGAAAGGGAAAGACUUUUUACUUGAGAAGAGUUCCAAGGAAAUGAAUAAGAAACUUUGUGAUGGUACUACUUCAAUUGGUCAACAGAACAAGGAGAGAGUUGUGAGAGAAGUUAUAUCCAGUUUGAUGGUUAGUACAUCUAGGGACAAAGUUGCAGCAGAUGUGAAGCUCAGGGAUUCAUCUUCUUCAGAUUUCAUUAGCAAGGAUAAAAACGAUGAUUGUUACAAUGCAUCUCCGGAAUGUCAGACGAACUCGGAAGAAGCUCAUCAACCUAGUCCUGUUUCUGUUCUGGAGCCAAUGUUUUACGAAGAUACCUUAGACGACAGUGAAGAUCACGAUUUUCAAAGUCUAGAGGAACAGCUUGAGACCCUGAAAUCUGAAUCUGAGAGUUAUUCAGAUGGGAGUGGGAUGGAAGUAUGGAGCGAUGAGGAGUCUGUGGUCAGUUCUGAAGUCAAAGAAAGCAAGGACAUUGAACGAAUUGGGUUCUUGGAUACCCAACAAAGCAGGGACUCUUCGUACAUUGAUGAUAUCUUGGCUGAAGCUGUACAAGGGGACAAAAUUUGGGUUCCUGACAAACGAGAUUUAGCCAUCAGCCCCAAAAUCUUCGAGAAACUGGAGAAGAAGUAUUAUACAGAGACAUAUUGGAAGAGGUCUGAAAGAAGGGUUUUGUUUGACAGAGUGAAGUCAAGUCUGGUCGAGAUUCUUGAAUCUUUUUCAGCUACACCGACAUGGAAGAAACCCGUUUCUAGGAGGCUUGGCACUGCACUAAGCACAUGUGCACUGAAACAAGAACUCUGGAAAGUACUUGCUAAGCAAGAGAGGCGAGCCAAGAAAAAAUCAUUGGCCAAAGUGCCAGUCAUAGACAUUGAUGAGUGGUUAGAACUUGAAGCUGAUGAUGAGUCAGUGGUUUGUGAAUUAGAAAGUAUGAUAGUGGAUGAGUUGUUGGCUGAGGUUGUCAGCUUCAUGUAGGAUGUAGAGUGAUUCUAUUCAUUCUUUUUCAUUUCAGAUUGCAUUCUCUGCAUUUUAUUUGAGAUAUAGAAAACAGAGUAGUAGUUGCAUUUGGCUUGCAUCAUCAAAGGGAG